AGUUCAGAAACUUGAUAUCUGAGAAGGGAGAGAGGAGAGAUCUCAGCGGUCAUGGCGAUCUCUGGAAGCCCUAAAAUUCAGAAGAAGCAAAAGAAGAAGAAGGCUGAGAAGGGAGAGGAGGUCGCUGCAUCUGCUGUUCUUGCUCUUUCUUCUCUUCCCGAUCGAUCGACUGCCGGAAGCGGUAGAGUCACCGACCAAAACAUCUCUUCUCCUAGGAAGAGGACAAAGGAUCCCGGCGUUCGCAUCGUUGGCGGAAGGAUCUACGACUCUCAGAACGGCCGGACGUGUCACCAGUGCAGGCAGAAGACCAUGGAUGUAACCGCCUUGUGUAAGAAUGUGCGGCAGAAUAAGCCGUGUCCGAUCCAAUUCUGCUUCAAAUGCCUGCUCAACAGGUAUGGGGAGAUAGCUGAAGAGAUUAGUGGGAUUGACUCGUGGAACUGCCCCAAGUGCAGGGGAAUUUGCAACUGUAGCUUAUGCAUGAAGAAGAGAGGUGAAAACCCCACAGGGAUUCUUGUUCAUACUGCAAAAGCGACGGGUUUCUCUUCUGUUUCAGACAUGCUGCGUAGUGGCCUUGAUUUGAAUAAAUGCAGAGAGUUGAAGAGCCCUAAAGCGAGCUCGUGCUCAAGCACUAAGAAGGCAUCUGAUAGUUCUUCAAAAACGGCAGUAAAAUCUAAAGAGGGAGCUUUGAGAAAAAGAAAGCGUCACACCGACUGUACUGACGUUGCACAUGGUGAUACUAACCCGUCAUCCGUCGGGAAAGAAGUGAAGAAGAGACCUUCCAAGCUUCACAUAGAUUCAUCGAAAGAGUUGGAUACUCAGGAUACAAGUAACGAAAACAGCGUGCAUACUUAUUGUUAUGAUCAUAGUGAAGAAGUGAAGAACACCAGUAAGAAUUUUACAGAAAAAGUCGUUGAGUCGACAAAGGCAGUUUCCGAUCACCCACCGCAGAAGGAGAAAACAAUCCAGAAAGGUGGUCCCAAAAAAUUAUCCAAACAACAGCGGUUAAGGCCCGCUGACAAGCCUAGUUCCGCGGAGCUUGUUGAGGAAGAAAAUACGAGUAUGGUGAAAGUGAAAAGCAAACAACAGCAGCCAAAGCCUGCAGAGAAGCCCAGUUCCGCGGAGCUUGUUAAGGAAGAAAAUACGGGUAUGGUGAAAGUGAAAUCCAAGAAAGAACGGUCAAAACCUGCAGAGAAGCCUAGUUCCGUGAAGGUUGCUAAGGAAGAAAAUAUUGGUACGGUGAAAGUGAAGUCCUUGCCUUCAGAGAAAUUACAAGCUGUUCUUAGUGUGCAUGCUCAGAAUGACAAGGACAAACCCCCAGUUUCUGUAAAAUCUGAAAGCCUGCAAAAGAUUAUUCAGGCGUCUAUCCAGGAAGAAGGUGAUGAUGUCUUACCACCCCAAGGUGAAGAAGUUAAAGAUGUCGCAGGAAUUGAGUUUUCUGCUGAUGAUAUUGGACCAGCUCUUCAAUUUUUAGAGUUCUGUUCUGCAUUUGGGAAAGUGCUUGAUCUAAAAAGAGGCCAGCCUGAAUCAAUCCUUCGAGAGCUAACCCGCGGCCGCCGCAUGGAACGUCGUGGGUUGUACUCUUCAGCUGCUCAGUUUCACGUGAAGCUGUUAGGUCUGCUGGAAGAUGACACGGAAGAAGUGUCUUCUGUGCUGCGUUCAUCUGCAUCUGGAAGCCUCUGGCUACAGCAGCUGCAUAAGUGCAUCACCAAGUCACCUUUUGCGUUCAAAGAGCUGCCUCUGGAAUAUCUUAAUAGAGGAGCCGAUGAGUACUCUAAACUCGACCCUUCCAAGAAGUUAAGGUUGCUCAAUUUUCUCUGUAAUGAAGCUCUUGGAACAGAACACUUGAGAAACUGGAUAGAUGAAGAAAAUUUGAAGUUUCUAGAGAAGAAAAAGGAACACAAUGAAAACCUUGUCGAGGUGAAUAAGAAGGAAAAGGACAUGAAGCAAAAGAUUAAGGAUGAGAUGGCUCGAAUUUUGCUCUCUUCGAGAGAUGGCGCUCCUAUUUCAUAUGCUGAAAGUCAAGAUAUUAUCUCUCGAAUAAAAAGAGAGGCGGAUGAAGUUCAUGUGGAGAAAUUAAAGGCGCUAGAGUUGAAGUCCAAGUUGAAGAAGCAAAGGUCAGACGCCGUCAGGACAGAACACAUAGUUUUCGACAAAAGUGGCAGGGUUUACUGGAGAUUGGCAGGAGGUUCUAGCGGAUCCCGCAUCGUGCUCCAAGAUGUUGGCAAUUGGGAUUCAGCUUUGUGCCAGGACAGAUGGUUCAUUUAUGACGACAAACAGGAGAAAGCGUUGGAAAAAUACAUUUUUUCUUUAAGAAAGAAGCAUAAAUCUCGGAGUUCCAAUCAAGUUAAUUUACUGGACAAAGAAAAUCUACAGUACCAAUCUCCUAGUAACUCGUCUUCACCCAGCAGUGCAGUGGAAGAAGCAGCAGUUUGAGAUAGAGAUGCCCCUCAUGAAAUGAGCGGCUUGGUCCGAUUGCAUCAAAGGUUACAGGAGCAACUUCAUCCUCCACCAGUACACAUACCCCUGGUGUACCCAUAAUUUUGAGUUUCUGACAGAACGGGGCUUUAUUAGGGGAUUUCUGUAUCGGUUUCAGAGAUCCUAAGAUAUGUAUCAAAUGAGCUAUAGUAAAAAAUUGUCUACUAUGGUUGAUUAGACCGGACGUAUUCCCUUGGAAAAAUGUACUUUCUAACGGAAAAAGUAGGUCAAAGGUUUAUAAUUA